AUGACAUCAUUUGAAAGUCAGAGCCAGAGUCAGUGUCAGAGUCAGAGCCGGAGCCAGAACCAGAGCCAGAGCCAGAGCCAGAGCCAGAGCCAGAGCCAGAGCCAGAGCCAGAGCCAGAGUCAGAGUCAGAGUCAGAGUCAGAGCCAGAGCCAGAGCCAGAGCCAGAGCCAGAGCCAGAGCCAGAGCCAGAGCCAGAGCCAGAGCCAGAGCCAGAGCCAGAGCCAGAGCCAGAGCCAGAGCCAGAGCCAGAGUCAGAGUCAGAGUCAGAGUCAGAGCCAGAGCCAGAGCCAGAGCCAGAGCCAGAGCCAGAGCCAGAGCCAGAGCCAGAGCCAGAGUCAGAGCCAGAGCCAGAGCCAGAGCCAGAGCCAGAGCCAGAGCCAGAGCCAGAGCCAGAGCCAGAGCCAGAGCCAGAACCAGAGCCAGAGCCAGGACCAGAGCCAGAGUCAGUGCCAGAGUCAGAGCCGGAGCCAGAACCAGAGCCAGUGUAAGAGUCAGAGCCAGAGCCAGAGCCAGAGCCAGAGCCAGAGUCAGAGCCAGUGCCAGAGCCAGAGCCAGAGUCAGAGCCAGUGUAAGAGUCAGAGCCGGAGCCAGAACCAGAGCCAGUGUCAGAGUCAGAGCCGGAGCCAGAGCCAGAGCCAGAGCCAGCAGAGCCAGAGCCAGAGCCAGAGCCAGAGCCAGAGCCAGAGCCAGAGCCAGAGCCAGAGCCAGAGCCAGAGCCAGAGCCAGAGCCAGAGCCAGAGCCAGAGCCAGAGCCAGAGCCAGAGC